AGAGCACCAACGAGAAAUCAGCGGAGCAACACCGUGUGCUGGCGAGCAAGAGUUGGUGCGUGGACAUGGGGCUGGAGAUGCUGUCGGCGGAAGCUGGGCCUGAGGCGGCGGGGGAGAGAUCACGGGAGGAGCAGGCGGUGGAGAUAUACCCGCUGAGCCGCUACUACUUCGGAGCCAAGGACGCCCGGUCACUGUCAGACGGCGCCGAGACCGCCGUCGACCGCGCCCUCCGCCUCAAGUCCAACUUCGAGGCUCACGGGCUCCGGACCUGUGUCCAUGGCGUCUUGCUGGUAGAGCUAUCCGGUCACCCGCACCUUCUGCUCCUCCAGGUCAGGAACUCCUCCUUCCUGCUCCCCGGAGGCCGCCUCAGGCCUGCCGAGCAAGAUGUCCAAGGGCUCAGACGCAAGCUUGCGGGCAAGCUAUCGGGCGCCGAUCCAAACGAGGACCGCAACUGGCAGAUCGGGGAGUGCAUCGGAAUGUGGUGGAAAUCCGACUUCGAGGCCGGGCCGUUACCAUAUCUGCCUCCAAACGCCCGCUCACCAAAGGAAUGCAUAAAGCUGUUCUUGGUUAGGCUGCCGAGGUCUCGCCAGUUCAUCGUGCCAAGGAACCUCAAGCUCCUAGCCGUGCCUCUGUCCCAGGUUCAUGCCAAUGCUCAGGUGUAUGGCCCGAUCAUAUCUGGGGUUCCGAAUCUGCUGUCCAAGUUCUCCGUCAACUUUGUACGGGGAUGAGGAUCGAGGAGGUGCUUUGUCUGACUGUGCUAAAAAGGGAUGUGAACCGACCUGGCGGCUCUACGGAAGACCUGCAUUUUUUUCGUCGGUCGCUGAAAAUUAUACAUUCAGUGCACAGACAAUGCCAGAUAAAGCUGGUACUUCUUUUACUCGCCAGCAGCUGGUGUAUUAUGUGCUCAAUUCUUUAAAUGGCGGUGUAUCUCAGCUUGAUAUUGUUAGUGAUGUAUAGUCCUCUUUAUUGUAUAUUUUCACUGUGUGAGGGGUUUCCCUGCAUAUUGUACCCAUGUACAUGUAUUGGCCUUUGGUCCACUGUGAAUACUAGUUGUUCAUUUACAACAUGAUAUUA